CGGCUGGCUCGGCGGGGUGGUGGUGGGGCGUUUUGCGGUCUGUCAUGGAGGCCUCGGCGUCGCCUGGGAGAGCAGAGGGAGGGACAGCGAGACCAGCCGGUCAGGCGGGAACCCUGGUGGAGCCCUCCCGGACCCCCGGCGACCUGGCCCUGGUGAGCCCCUACCACACCCGCCGCGUCGGGGACCCCUUGGACCUGGUAGCGCUCGCCGAGCAGGUGCAGAAGGCUGAUGAAUUCAUCCGAGCAAAUGCUACCAACAAACUGACAGUCAUAGCUGAGCAAAUUCAACAUUUGCAGGAACAAGCAAGGAAGGUACUAGAAGAUGCUCGCAGGGAUGCUGACUUGCACCACGUAGCUUGUAAUAUGGUAAAAAAACCUGGCAACAUUUACUACCUUUAUAAGCGAGAGAGUGGUCAACAAUACUUUUCCAUUAUUUCCCCAGAGGAGUGGGGAACAAGCUGUCCACAUGACUUCCUUGGUGCCUACAAGCUUCAACAUGAUUUGUCUUGGACUCCAUAUGAGGACAUUGAGAAGCAAGAUGCUAAAAUCAGCAUAAUGGACAAGCUGCUAAGCCAGCCAGUGGCCCUGCCCCCAAGCACUGAGCCUACCUUCCAGGGACUAACUCACUGAAUGUGGACUUUGGCCAGCAACUCUCAUGACAGGGUCCUAACUGUCACUUCCUUGUUGCCCCAUUCUCUGCCUUGAUGGUAGGAGUCAUGAGAAUCAAGGACAUGUAGGUAAAUCAGCUCCAUCUUGGAUGGAAUAUAAAUGUUAGUGUUGCUCUCAGAUGGGAUGGUAAGGACUUGCAGCAUUCUCUUGGGGGAUCUGCUUGGGGCUACAGAUACUCAGCCAGUCUGUUUCAGAGGAUUGGCUAGUGUAGUUUCCUUAUUCAUCUCCAGCGGUUCUUCCCUUAAGCCAAAGUGUUAGAGAAGGAAGAGUCUUCAUUUCAGUCAGGUUGGUAGGUCAUCUUCCAGAGGAGCACAUUUUCAGUCUUUUAUUUGAGACUGAGGUGGAGCUGUCUCACAGCUGAUGCAGCCAGCUUUUGAUUCAUUCAAGAACCACAAUAUUACAUGUAUGAGGAUGAUUCAAACCACAACAGACAACCAAAUAAAACCUCAGUAUGGCUGAA